UCGUCGUUGUUCUCCCUCUCGCUCCGCGCAAUCCCAUCUUUGGCAUAACUUACAUGCGUGUAAGAAUACACUACAUUCGUGGAAGGGAGAAAAAAAAAAUGGCAGCUGACGAAUAGAGGAAAAAGUGGCUCUUCGCUCGAAAACAGGCGACGCUUGACAAAACCACUCGGGCGCGGGCGGAUCAUACUGGGUCGACCCUGACUGUCUUCACGGGAGUGCCACCAUUGGUCGUCACCUCUUCACCAUGGGGAAGACUCCGCUAAAAGAUCUGAAAGACGGCAAAAAAGAGAAACCAGGAAGAACAGUUCCGCCAACAGGUACAACUCCUGCAACAAAUAAAGAUGCUUUCAGCUGGGAAGAAUAUCUGAAAGAAACAUCAUCUAUACCGGCUCCACCAAGCUGUUUUCGUCAGGCUCGAGUCCCUCCCUCCAAUGACUUCAAAGUGGGAAUGAAGCUUGAAGCUCACGACCCACGCAAUUCCACCUCGGUCUGCAUCGCCACGGUGAUGGGUUUGACUGGGGUCCGUCUGCGCCUGCGUCUGGACGGAAGUGACAACAGCAACGACUUCUGGAGGCUGGUGGACUCCUCUGACAUCCAGCCCAUCGGCACCUGCGAGAAGAACGGGGACAUGUUGCAGCCGCCACUGGGUUUUCGUAUGAAUGCGUCCUCAUGGCCCAUGUUUCUGUUGAGAACCCUGAAUGGAGCAGAGAUGGCGCCAGCGACAGCCUUUAAAAAGGAACCACCGAGGCCUCCACAGAACAUCUUUAAGCCGGGCAUGAAGCUGGAGGCUGUGGACAAGAAGAACCCGUACCUCAUCUGCCCGGCAACCAUUGGGGAGGUGAGGGGCGACGAGGUGUUCGUCAUGUUCGACGGCUGGCGGGGUGCCUUCGACUACUGGUGCAAGUGGGAUUCGCGGGACAUCUUCCCCGUGGGCUGGUGUUCCCUCACCAAGCACAGCCUCCAGGCACCAGGCAACAGUGUUACCCUCCCAAAGAGCCUGCAGACGCUCCCGGCGUCACCCUCCAAGCCCAGCAGGCGCUCCAUGCAGUCGCCCUACAGACUUCCCAACCCCCUGCCCCCCCUGCCUGUCAGGAAGGGGGUGCGGGGCCGCCGGCCCAAGAGCGAGACCAUCGCCCUGCUCAAGGCUGUGGCAGAGGCGGCGGCCGCCCAUAACGCAGCCGCACCCGAAGACAACACGCAGCUCGUACCCCGGCCUCAUAAGAAGAGAGGACCCAAACCCGGGAGCAAGAGAAAGUCCAAGCUUCUCCAGGGUCAGAUGCAGCUGCCCAGCAUCCAGGUUCCCCAGGAAAGUCCUCCCAGUCUCAACUCAGUGGUCUCCACAGUUUGCGUGUAUGUGAACAAGCAUGGGAACUGUGGCCCCCACCUGGACAGGAAGCAGAUGCAGCGUCUGCCGGACCACUUUGGCCCGGGGCCGGUGAACGCCGUGCUGCAGCAGGUGGUCCAGUCGUGUGUCGACUGCGCCUAUCAGCCCAAAGUCCUGCUCAUCGCUCUGCAGACUCACUCGGGGGGAGGAGAGGUCGUCAGAGUGAGGACGGACGGUGGAGUCCGUGUGGUCAAACUACCUUCAGCCUCCAGUGCUUCCUUUGUGCUGCGGUUCUUGGAGACCAUGUGUCGUCACCUGCAGUGCGACAACCUGUUCAGCAGCCAACCGUUCAGCCACUACUCCGCCUAUGACAGGAACAAGUCAGUGAAAGAAGAGGCGUUGGACACGCCCUCUCUGAGUAGGGGCAGUAAGCGGAGUCUCUCCGGCGUCUCUCCUCCGUUCGCAGCUCCUCUGUCUCCCAAACAUCUGCGCACCGAGGCUCACCCUUCGGAAGCAGAGACCCUGCCCCACGAGGAGCACAGCCUCCUGAAGGAGCAGCGCUACAUGGACUCGGCCUCCAACUCCAUGACCCCUCGGCCCCAGAUGGCGCGGAGCUCCUCGGAGUACCACCCCCAGGCCAGCGGCCUCUACCAUCCCGCCAAUGGCACACCCGCACGCCGCCACUCGUCCCACCCCGCAGAGCUCGGCUCCGCGCAGCCUCUCCGGCGGGUCGAAGCAGCCAGCUCCACCACGGGUCCCGAGGCGCAGGCGUCUGAGCGGGAGAGCCAGCUCAGCAAGAACCCGUCCUCCUGGAGCAUCGAGGAGGUGAUGCAGUUCGUCAGGGACGCCGACCCCACAGCGUUAGCUCCGCAUGCCGAACUCUUCAGGAAACACGAGAUCGACGGAAAAGCCCUGAUGCUGCUACGGAGCGACAUGAUCAUGAAGUACAUGGGUCUGAAGCUGGGGCCCGCGCUCAAGCUGUGUCACCACAUCGAGAGGCUGAAACAAGGCAAACUGUAACAAGACGACCCCGUUCCCGCACCCCCCCCCCAAGACCCGUGGGCCAACGAGCCCCCGAAGGAGCCGGGCGCUCAGACACUUGACUCGUGGGGGAAGCCGCAGGGACGACGUGUCGCUCCAGGGCUCCGCCUCCAGAGACUGAACACGCGACGUCACACCUUGGUCAGACUUCCAGAGCGGAGAACGUGGGCCGUGCCGUGCCGACAUUUUACCUCAUCCCCUCGUCAGUGAACAACCAGCGACUGGCUGAACUCCCAAAAGAACAGAAUCCCUGUAGUGUUCACAUCGCAGAGCACAUGAGCACACGUUGUGGACACGUUUGUUUUUUUGUUUUUUUACAGAGAUGAAAUCUUUUGAUCCUGCUUUUGGAUCCCCAAAGAUGGAGAAUGUUUCUUCUUAUAUGAUGUUUUUAUGACCGUUGAAUCUUCCAGUUAAUAAGGACUGCCUGGUAACAGUGAGACAAUAACUCCAUCAGAUGUUCUUCCCCGAGCUCGACGCUGUCCGUCUCGUCGUCGUCGUUGAACGUUCACACUUUUCACGCGCUUUGCCUACAGCGUCUCCUCCGCCUGACGAACGCUCCAGUCGCCGCAUUCCACUCCUUUCACCCAGUGCUAGACAGACGUCUCCGUUAGUCUAAUCGUUUGUCUGUAUCAUGUUGUGUUCUCGUGGUUCUUUUUUUUUCAAAAUGGAACCUCACCGUUGCCGCGAGCGCCCUGCGGGAUCACGCAUGGCGACCUCAUGUAUUAAGUGUCUCAGCGGGGGCCUGCGGCGCCUCCCGCUGGUCGACACGUAGUGCUCCAGCUCUCCAUAAUGACGGUUGUAUGAAUUUCAAUUGGCAGAUUGCUAAGGACGGUAUCAUUUCUGAGUUCUGAUAUAAAUGUCUUUUAUUUUAUUUUUAGCAGUCACGAUCAUUUUAGCUCGGAGGCCGCGCAUCGUCACCUUCGACCGUUACAAUCACUGUUAGCGACGGAAAAACAGAUGUGUACAGUUUUAUGGGUUUAACCAUGAAUAUCAGCGACCGAAUGUACAUUUUGUAGAAAACGUAAUAUUUUAAGGAGAUCAUAUACACAAGUUAGAAAUGUGAAGGUGAAAAGGGGGAUGGGGGCGGAUUCCAUUCUGCUUCGCAACACCCGACGUAGUGCUUUUAGUUCCUGAUACUCCCCAGUACUAGAGUCUGCCUUGCUUUACCUAACGACAUCUCUCAGGUUUACGUGGUCUUUGUUAGUACAAGCUUUUGUAGCACACCGUUUAUAUGAAAUAUACUGAAACAGACUUUUCCUGUUAUUCCCCUCGUGCCAUAUGAUAUUCAACACAGGAUCCAAGUGCUGUUGAUCUCAUUCUCUUGCAUCGUCUUUAAAAAGUACUUGAAUAAUUUGUGUCGCUAAAAAAGAGUCACGUGUCCAAUUAUGUCACACCAGAUAAACAAUCUGUGUUUAUGAUGUUGUGUAUUUUGCCCCCCCCCCCCCUUUUUUUUAUAAACCUACCAAAACAACAGCA